UAGGGCCUGGGGCGGGGACAAGGGUCCCGUCCUAGUCCUGCCUCUGCCACCAUUCGCCAAAUGACCCUGGGAGGGUGCUGCUCCACAGAGACAGAUACAGCAGAGGCUGAGCAAGGCCCCGGAUCGCAGAGCCCAUUCGGGCACAGGACUUGCAGUGGUGGAAGCCAGUGCCCAGCUCUCGGACUCAUACUGGCUGGGCCUUAGGGGAUAGAGCUGGUCCCAGCCCGCUGGAGCCCGCCACACCUCAGGCCUCUUCCCUCAACUCCAGUUGGCAGAGCUUGGCCCCGCCCCAGGUCCUAUUUGAUCACACCCUGAGAAGUCCUGUCUGUGGCUUUCUGGGCACGGGGGUCAUCAAGUUUUGGUCCCUCCCUGGUCAGGUCCACCUGCCUGAGCUCCCUCCUCCCUCCUUGCCUGCUGUCCCUCACCAGCUCCAUGAACCGUGGUGCCUUGGUCCCAUGCCAACCACUCCAGCUGCUUCAGGUCUGGAGGGGGCCGAGGAGCAAGGUACCCCCCCAAGGCUGGCGCGCUCGUUGCCAUGGUAGCAGUUGCCUUGGAAGCCGCUUCUCUGACUUCAGCUUCGGAACGGUCCAAGAAAGCUGCCCGUCCCCCAAGGGAUCAGGGAAUUAAUCACUCUCUUUUCCAGGGUUCUCACCCCUCAAGGAAAAUAAACAACCAAACCAAGCUGGGGCCUUUUCGCCCACUCUGCUUCCCCACCCCCACACCACACUUGGCGUUGGUGCAAGGCAGACACACUCCCAGCCCUUGCUUCACAGGAGACGAAGAAGAGAUUUUGUGGUGGACCUCAGCACCGUGCCCGCCGCCCAGCCACACCUGACUCCUCCAAGGAGGGCGGUACUGCCGCUGCUGGGUGGUGGGGAGCCUGGUGGACAGCGUCGCCCCGACACGACACAGGCUCCUUGAACUCAUUUGCCUGUUCCCUCCCCCCACAUGGCCCACGGACAAACAGGUCUUGCUCUCUGGACGGGCGAGCCCUGGGGAAGGAGCUACAAGGCUCACGGUGCACAUCUGCGGCCGGCGGAGCAGCCAGGCAUCACAGCGGGCCAUGGAAGAGGCAGGUCCCGGUUGAGUCUUUGAAAGACAAAGCCUCCCUCUGUAGUGGGGUUGCCAAUUCCUUGCACCUCAAAGAAGACAACCUGGAAACCCUGGAGCGAAGACGGGUAGAGGCCGGGUGGGAACGUGGGUGCGCAGGUUCUGUGGAGGCCUCUGGGUGGUCCUCUGCCUCCCAGCAUCUCAGAUCGGAGCGGGGAGGGCCCUGGGAUCUUGUCGCUGACUCCCCGCAGCUCUCCUCCACACUUCCUCCUCCCGCUCCUUCUGUGCCCCGAGGGACCUCCAGUGUCAAAGAACGCCAGCUCAGAGCCAGUCUCCAGCGUUUGGAGGUCAGCGUGUUCCCCCCAACCCUGCAUCUGACACUCUGCCCCCCACCCCCGUGCUUGGGUGUGGCUGGUGGGGCUGACUCCAGCCUCUGCCAGCCCCAUUCCCAGGCGAGGGAAAUGGGGUCAGGGAGCUCAGGAGGGGCCAUGGGAGCCUGGCCCAGCAGCUCAUGUCUUGCUGGUAGCACGGUCCGGCCACCCUCAGCCAGCACAGGCCCUGCCUGGUCCAGGGUGGGGGACAGCAGACAUGAGCAGGGGAGGGGAGGGCUUCAGAUUCCCAAAGCACAACCUGUCAGGUGCACGUUUUCAUGGACAAUUAUUUUGAUGAUUCCUUCUUAAACUAGUCAGCGGGGGAUCUGUUAUGCGUGGCAGGAACAUGGGCUGUCAUUUGAUGUCUAAUUAGAGGAAUAAUCAGACCUCAUCCUGGCAGGAGACACAGGAGGCGUUGGUGACAACAGCUGUGGCUGGGGAAUACCUAGCUCCAGAGGCGGCUCCUCCUCCUCCUCCUCCUCCUCUUUCUCCUCCUCCUCCUCCUCCUCCUCCUCCUUAUUUGUUUGUUUGAGAGACAGAGAAUUCCCCAGGUGCUCGUAAUGGCCAAGGCCCAAGCCAAGAACUAGGAACUCAAUCCAGGUCUCCCAUGUAGGACACUGCAGGGACCCAACCACUCAAGCCAGCACCUGCUGCCUCCCCGGGUGCACAUUAGCAAGAAGCUGAAGUGAGCAGCCAGAGGCAGGACUCGAACCCACACACGCCCACACGAGAUGCCAGUGUCCCACCCUGCAGACCAAAGGUCGACUCCCCGCAGAAGCCUCCUUUUCCUGGAGGCAAAGAACAUGGCGAGGGCCUCUCUGUUCUGCCACCACCCCUCCUCUCUGACUGCCUGGCACUGCCUUCCCCCAGCUGAGACUGCUCCGAUGACCCUGAGGCCUUCUCAGGCCCCCACUCCACACCCUAGGAGACUCACACCCACAGCCCCGCUGGGCCCCCCCAGGUGGUUGAUGCACGGCGUUCUGAGCGCGCUCCCUGAGUCUGCCCUUGAGAGUUGGCAGUCUGUGGGAGCGGACAGGAAGAUGGCACUGCAGGUGGGGCGUGGGAGCCGCAGUCAGGAGGGAUUCAGAGUCGGCCCUGCACAGGUCCUGGGGAUGAGGAGUUGCUCUCCAUACAGCAGGGCCAGGGAGCAGGUGGAAGUAGGAGCCCUCGAGCCUGGCUAGGUAACUGCAGGUGCAGGGGGCGGGGGAUCCGAGCAGGGUGGUAGGGCCCCAGGUAAGGGCCAUGGCCAGGGCCAUAUUGAGGGAUUGGGCAGGCUCUGAUCCAUCAAAGACCAGGAAAUUCACGUUGAAGGCUGGGGCCAAGGCCACAGCUUGGGCUGGGCUGAGUCACCGCUGCCCUGCCUCUGCUUGGCGAAUGCUGGGAGGAGAUGGUCAGCCAGGCUGAAAAGAGGUGCUCAGUCUAGGAGGCCUCCUGCCCCCUCCUGCCUGUGCCUCCAGACCCAACCCCACCCAAGCUCACCUCCAGCCCCUGCCUCCAGACCCGGCCCUGCCAUGCCCACCACCCCCACAGCGCUUUCCCAUCAGCCCCCAGCCAGGGCUCCCAGGGCAGCUGGGGGUGCACCCUGACUCUGCCAGCCAUGAAGAGGGAGGUGAGUAGCAAGCUACUGGAGGAGAAGGGGGCACCAGAGAGCAGCCUGCAGACCUGGACCCCUCAGCGCUGCUGGCGAGCCCAGAGGUUGCCAGAACGCUGGAGGUUCGGGGCAGGGGUAGAGGGUGCACUCGGGGCGACUUCCGCCUCCCUCUCCUGUCCCACUCACAGCUCCUGCCUCGCGAGCCUGUCCGGGUCUCCUCCCGUGCCUCCGUCUCAGACCCCAGCAAAGGCUCCCCCAGGCCAAGGGUGAGGACAGCAGACCCUGACUCUGUGAUGAAGGGGGGUCUCCUCACACCCCUGAAUCCCAGGUGAGGCCCCUGGGGAGCCAACUCUGGACCGUGGACCAAGGGCUGAGCCUCUGGGAGCCAGGCAGCCGCUCGCAUUGCAAGCUCAUGAAUAACUCAGCAGCUCCCCGCUGCGUGCCUGGGGGCCAGCUCCCCGCGCCCCGCCCCCUGAGCCUUUAAACUUUAAUAGGUGAGGCUGGGGCAGGUGUCCCAGGGAAGCCAAGCUUUGGGGUGCUCUCCCAGCGGUGGAGGCUGGCAGAGGGCAGCGACCCUUGGGUCAGGCCCAGCUCCUUGGAACGCUGUCAGCCCAGGCAGAAAUGUGGCCGAGCAGGAGUCCCGAGGGCGGCCACCAGCUUUGGUGGCCUCUAGGAGCACCCUGGUAGACACCCCAGGUCAAGGUGGGGCUGGGGGGGGCCAGAAGAACUGUGGCACAGGGUGACGGAUCAACCCAAGGGUUACCUGGAGCUCCAGCAAGGGGACAUCGAGAGGACAGAAACCUCCAGGGCCCUCCAGAGGACAAGCGCCGCGGGCUGGGGCCGCACCUGGGGUAGGCCUGCAUGGACAGAGACUUCCGCUGCCUGCAGCUGGCCUGCGUGGCCCUCAGCCUGGUGGCCGGCAGCAUCAUCAUCGGCGUGUCUGUGUCCAAGGCCGCAGCUGCCAUGGGUGGCGUCUUUAUCGGUGCUGCUGGGCUGGGGCUCCUCCUCUUGGCCUACCCCUUCCUGAAGGCUCGGCUCAACCUGGACCACAUCCUGCCUGCGAUGGGGAACCUGAGAAUCCACCCCAAUUCGGGGCCAGACCAGGGAGAGGCAAGACCCAGCACCAAUGGCAAUAAGGAAGGAGUCCGCAGCAGCCUGUCCAGCGUGAGCAGGACUCUGGAGAAGCUGAAGCCAGGGGGCCGGGGCCCCGAGGAGGGCUGAGGCACGCCUGCCCUGCCCUGGCUCCCUGCCUGCCUGCCUGCCUGCCUGCCUGCCUGCUUCCCCCAGCUCAGUACGCACCAGCUCUCAGUCAGAAGAGCCAAGUCAGAGGUGACCCAGGCCCCGGAGACGCCCAGCCUGCAUUCUCCCCUCCGGGCUCUUGGGAAGGGAUCCCACGGGCAUGGGACGGGGCAUGGGGCAGGCACCAAGGGGAUCAAAGACCCCUGCAGGGCUCCCUCUUCCAGGCAGCCCCCCAGGCCUUGCUUACUGAGCUGCAGCCCACCUCCACUCCUCUUUGGAGUAACUGAACUUGUUUCUCUGGAACUUGGUGCCCAGUUCCUCACUUCAGCCUGGCCUCAGAAGCAGCCCACAGCCCACAGCCCAUAGCCACCACCGACAGGGGUCCUGCCCGUGUCCCUCACCCUGCCACCUGGCACUGGGUCUCUGAAGCUCACCAGCUGGGUGGGAACAGACACCUUGGACAGGGGCAAGUCCUAAGGGCCAGGCCCUGGGCGGCAGUGGGUCAGAUGGGGACACCCUUCGAGGGGCUCCCCACAGAGGGACAGACACAAACAAACCAGCACUGCUGUGACAGGCACCCAGGGAGCCCUCGGACCUGGCCGGAGAGGCGCUCUCUGAGCCGAGCCGAGCCGAGCUCUCUGAGCUGAGCCUCUCCUGCCCGGCCUCCCGCUACUCCCCAACAAGGAACCACAAUCCUGGUGGUCCUGGUCCUCAGGCCCCCCUGCUCCCUUCCACCCAUCAGAACUGCCCCCUUGGGAAGACCCACUUCAAGGAAGCCCCUAACCACACGCUGCCUUCCCCUGCCUGGUGCCCCCAGCCUGCUCUCCCUCUCCCUUGACACCCUCCAAGCAAGCUGCCGCCUUAAACCUGCUGGAUGUGGCCCCUGGUGCACAGGGGCCAUGGGAGAGCAGCUUUCCCUGGUCUGCAGACUUGCCCUGUACAGCAAUAAAGAGAAAAGUCCGAAA